AUGGACCAUGUUUUCUUUGAUAACGACAAUGCGGCUUAUUCGUCGGUCAUAGGCACUAGCCCGUAUACACUGAAGACUGGACGUAUUUUUGCACAUGCUACCGAUGCUCAGGUGGGCCGCCCCAAACGUCCCCCGCUCAGUUCGUUGAUGGGUUACGUGUACGGUAUGCAGUUAUUCUACGAGUCUCAAGUGGCAGAUCUGUCUCAGGAUGAGUGCCAGGAGCUUGUGACUGCGUUUCGAACGUAUCCUUCUGCGCUCAAAUUGUACCUGUACGGUUGCAAUACAGCGUGGAAAAAUGGACCAAGUUAA